CCGCUGCCCUCGGACCUGGAGACCCCCCCGGAGCUGCGCCUGGACGUGGAGCUGUGCCGGGGUGUCCUGGACGGGCUCGGCCGCUCGGCCACCGGGGUCCUGCCCCAGGCCAGGGGAAUGCCGGUGGUCCAAGUGUUCCCGGCGCUGCCGCUGGCGCUGGGCGAGGCCAACACCCUGCUGUGCCUGGUGGAGAACGUCUUCCCGCCGGCCCUGGAUGUCACCUGGACCCGGGGGGGUGUCCCCAUCACCCGGGGGGUCACCCAGGGGCCCUUCACCCCCACCCCGGAGCUCACCUUCUGGACCUUGUCCCGCCUGGAAGUGACCCCGGAGCGCGGGGACGUCUUCGCCUGCCUGGUGACCCCCCAGGGGGACAACGCCUCCGUGGUCACCUACUGGGUGCCCCCGGAGCCUCCGGAGGUGCCAGAGCUGCCGAUGGUGCUUUGUGGGGCCGUGAUGGCGCUCGGGGGGGUCCUGGGGCUCCUGGGGCUCUCCCUGCUCCUGCUUUCCCGGACGGAUCCCCAAGGUUGAGCAGAGGACGGAGAAGCUCCACGUGGGAAUCUGGGAGGGGGACGAAGAACUGGAAUGUUCCCGACCCCCAAUUCCCAUCAUCCCAAAUAAACUCUCC